AUGCCUGGACAAAAGAUUUGGCUGCGCGCCGAGACCAAGCCCGCUGAGGCUCGGUCUGCUUUGACCCCAACCACCUGCAAGGCAUUGAUGGAUGCAGGCUACGAGGUGACUGUCGAGCGUUCCACACAACGUAUUUUUGACGAUGAGGAAUUCUCCAAGAUCGGAGCUCCUCUUGUCGCUGAGGGCUCGUGGGUUAAGGACGCCCCCAAGGAUGCCGUCAUCCUGGGCCUGAAGGAGCUUCCCGAGGAUGAUUUCCCUCUGGAGCAUGUUCACGUCACUUUUGCCCACUGCUACAAGAAGCAGGGUGGUUGGGAUCAGGUUCUGAGCCGCUGGUCCCGUGGCAAGGGUCUACUGCUUGAUCUGGAGUUCCUCACCGAUGAUGUUGGCCGUCGCGUUGCUGCUUUCGGCUUCUCCGCUGGCUAUGCUGGUUCUGCACUUGCUGUCAAGAACUGGGCCUGGCAAUUGACUCACCCCGAGGGUACUCCCCUGUCCGGUGAGGUCCCUUACGCCAACCAGGAUCUCCUGAUCGAGUCUGUCAAGGAGACCCUCGAGGCUGGCAAGAAGGUCGCCGGCCGUACCCCCAAGAUCCUUGUUAUUGGAGCUCUCGGCCGCUGUGGAAAGGGUGCCGUUCAGCUCGCUAAGGAUGUUGGUGUCCCCGAAGAGAACAUCAUCCAAUGGGAUAUGGCCGAGACCAAGAAGGGUGGUCCUUUCCAGGAGAUCAUUGAUGCCGACAUCUUUGUGAACUGCAUUUACCUCUCCGAUCCUAUCCCUCCUUUCGUCAACACCGAGACUCUUUCCUCCCCGACCCGCAACCUUUCUGUUGUUUGCGACGUCAGCGCCGACACAACAAACCCCCACAACCCUAUCCCCAUCUACGACAUCACCACCACAUUCGACAAGCCGACUGUUCCAGUUACUCUGCCCGCUGGUACCCAGGGCCCUCGUCUCAGCGUGAUCAGCAUUGACCAUCUCCCCUCCCUCCUUCCCCGUGAGAGCUCCGAGAUGUUCAGCGAGGCUCUGUUGCCCAGUCUCCUCCAGCUAAAGGACCGGACCACCGCCCGUGUGUGGAAGCAGGCCGAGCAACUCUUCGACGAGAAGGUCGCUACUCUGCCCGAGUCUCUGCGUGCAUAG